AUGUUUUUAAACAUUUGCAUAACAACUUGUGCUAUCAGACCGCUACGAAAUAUAGAUAAUGCAUACAAGCACAAGAUUCUAACGAAUCUGCAUAUUAGAUUUAACAAAUUUCCGGAUACAUAUUCUUUUGUUCUUCCUCUAAAGUCAGAAGAUUAUGACAUAACAAAUGAGCUGAAAGAUAUUACGAACAUUGACUUAAGUGAUUGUCUUGAUAAUGUUACAGUGGAAGGAAACGAUGUGUACUUUCAAAUACAAAGAGAUAAAUAUGUAAAGAGAAUAUUAGAAAGCAAUGUUGACGGUGUUGCACCACCAUUAGCUGUAGAUAGUAAUAAAAAUGUUAUAGUAGAAUUCAGUUCACCGAACAUAGCUAAACCUUUCCAUUUGGGGCAUCUACGAUCAACAGUUGUAGGGAACUGUAUUGCUAAUCUCAAAAGCUUCGUACAAAAUCAAGUUACAAGGAUAAAUUAUUUGGGAGACUGGGGCACGCAAUUCGGUUACAUACAUGUAGGGAUGGAAUUGACGAACGUUGAUAACAUAGAAGUGCAAAAGGAUCCUAUUAAAAUAUUGUACAAUGCCUACGUUAAUGCUAAUAAAAUUGCUAAUGACGAUCCAGGUUUGCAUGAGCGAGCCAAAGAGAUAUUUACACGAUUAGAAUUAGGAGACGAUAAGAUUUAUGAGAACUGGCAAAAAAUUAAACAGUUUACUACUGUGGAGUUGGAGAAUACUUAUAAAAGAUUGGGCAUAGCGUUUGACAAAUAUGAUUGGGAAUCCAUGUACACUGCAAAAAAUAUAAAUAGGAUAAUUAAGUUGAUGGACGAAAUGAAUGUAUUAACGUUAGAUGAUCUUAAUAGGAAAGUAGUUUUUUUAAACGAAGAGAAAGCUGUUCCAAUCAUAAAAAGUGACGGCUCAACUUUGUAUAUAAGUCGAGAUAUUGCUGCUGCUAUUGAUAGGUUCGAGAAAUAUAAAUUUGAUGCUAUGUACUACGUCGUGGACUAUAGUCAGACCGAACACUUCUCCAACUUGAUUCAAAUAUUGAGUAAAAUGAAAUUACCGUGGGCAGAUAGAUUGAGGCAUGUCAAGUUUGGGAGAGUAGAGGGUAUGAGUACCAGAAAAGGUACAGCCGUAUUUUUAGAGGAUAUUUUAAACGAAGCAAAGGAACUUAUGGGACAAAAACAAAUAUUAACAACGACGACUAAAGUUCAUUUGGAUGAAAUAGAAGGAACAUCUGAUAUUUUGGGUGUUUCCGGUAUGAUCGUUCAGAACUUGAAACAAAACAGAAUGAAUAAUUAUAAAUUCAGUCUGGAGUCCAUGCUUGACAUGAAAGGUGAUUCUGGAAUAAAGUUACAAUAUGUACACUGCCGUUUAUGUAGUUUAGAAGAAUUAUCUGGCGCUACGCUGGUAACAGAAUGUGAUCCAAGCCUUUUGAAGGAACCAAUAAUAGAUCAUUUAAUUAUCUUGAUUAGUCGAUUCGAUGAAAUUGUACUGGAAUCUCAUAAUGAAUUAGAACCGUGUACAUUAACAGUGUAUUUAUUUCACUUAUGCAAAACUAUCAAUAUCGUUUGGCGUGAUCUGAGGGUAAAGGAUGAACCGAGUGAUUUAGCAAAUCAAAGGCUAAUGUUGUUUCAUGUAGCAAAAGUUAUUCUUGCUCAGGGAAUGAGAUUACUUGGCUUAAUACCUUUGGAAAAGAUGUGAAAUCAUUAAAUUUUGAUAAUAAAUC